AAUCGGAGAUACAAAUUGUUGGAAACAGCUGUUUACAUAAAAAUUCUUUAAUUCGAUAAAGCAAAAAAUGCACUCGAGUUUUUACAUUAUUUAAAAAUGUAUAUCCUGUUAUAAUUUUAAUUCGUUUGAAUUAUGAGGAAUUACACCACGAAUAAUCUAUCGAAGCGAGAAAUGCAACGGGAAAUCGGGAAAAUACGAUGUUAAAAUUCAAGGUUAGGAACAACUGAGCCGGUAUUUCGUUCGUCGAACGAAAACAAUUAAGUUAGGUUAGAUCACGCCUGAGAAUUUUCCGAAUGAAAAGACCGAGUGUGUUUCGUAAAUGUAAUUGUAACUUAACGCCUGUGCUCGCAAAAUGAGCAGCGAUAUAGUGAAAAGGGGAACAACAAUCCUCACUGGCAAACCAUUUGUCUUCACUCUUAACUCGAAACACAGGAUUACUCGAUGCGACAAUUGUUUGAAGAGCGGAAAAUUGUCGAAGUGCUCGGGAUGUCAGUACGUGUACUACUGCGACCGUAAUUGUCAGAAGGAAUCGUGGCCGACGCACAAGGCAGAAUGUGCACGUCUGAAGAAGGUGUUGCCGAGGGUGUUGCCGGAUGCGGCUCGACUCAUGGCACGUAUAAUUCUCAAGCUGAAUCAAGGCGGAGCCGACGAAGUGGGCUAUUACACCGAGAACAACUCUCGGAAAUUCAAGGAUUUAAUGUCUCAUUAUUCAGACAUAAAAGUAGACGCGAAGCGAAUGGAACAUUUCACCACGUUAUGCGGAGUUCUAUUCCAGUUUCUCGAUGAGACACACCUACCCAACAUCGCGGAACUGAUGGGUAUUUACGGCAGAAUGUGUACCAACAGCUUCAACAUAUUGGAUCUCGAUAUGAACACCAUCGGUGUUGGCAUUUAUCUGGGAGCGUCUGUGAUAGACCACAGUUGUAAGCCCAAUGCAGUUGUUGUUUUCGAAGGGACUACCGUUAUCGUCAGAACGUUAAUGGACCUUCCAUCUUUGGACUGGUCGCAGAUAAGAAUAUCCUACAUCGAUUUACUUAGUUCUAAUAAUAACAGACGCGAGGAAUUGCGUAGUUCGUACUACUUUUGGUGUGAUUGCGAAAGAUGUAAAAAGGAGGAACCAAUGGCCGAGGCGGCCGCGUGUCCAAACUCAUCGUGCGACUCGCCGUGUUCGAUUGAAGCUGACGAAUGCGAAAAGUGUGGCGAGAAAAUGUCUGUAGAAUUUAAGGAGACAUUUCGAGAAGUCGUCGACUUUACCAUUCACCAUUUGGAAAAAAUGAAAACUAUGGCUUAUCUUGACGUUAGUAAGAUAUGUUUGAAGAAGCAGAAGGGUGUAAUGUACAAAUUUAAUAUACAACAUGUCCGUACUCUAGAGAUGGCUCAUAUCGCGGCCAUGAACUUGAAAUGUUGGGAAGAUGCAGAGUUUUAUGGCAAGGAACUCAUGCCAGGAUACUUAUUGUAUUAUGGGGAAAUACACCCGUUGACGGGAUUGCUGUAUCUUACGACAGGAAAGAUACAGUUGCACUUGGGAAAACCGAAGGAAGCGCUCCGAGCACUAAACAAAGCGAAUACAGUAUUAAUGAUAACACACGGUGAUAAGCACUCCUUGGUGAAAGAGGAAUUGAGACCUUUGCUCUAUCAAGCUGUUAUGGAGUCGAACAGCGGUAUUCACAGCGCGUAAUGAUCUUGUUGACAUUUUUGUAAUUUUUAGUAAUAAAUUAUUUUUACAACACGAAA